AGGGUCUUGUGAAAACGUUUAGCGAUAAACGUCGGGAUUUAAUUGGCCGGAUUUGACCAUGUGAUAUCCUUACACUAACAAACUCGGGUACUUGAUUUUGAAGGGAUAACUAUUUCCUUGUUGUGAAACAACGACAGUUAUCAGCUGCUACUUUGCAUCCUGCAAGUGUUUGGGAGCACAGGGAUUAUCACAAACGCAAAACGGAUUCAGCCCUGCCAGCUUCCUAACAGAUGUUAGGAUUCAGUUUGAUUGUGGGUCGUUGAUCUUCAGAGACUGUCCUCUCAACCUCCAGACAUGUACCUGUACCUGCUGGGCCUGGUGGUGUGCUUUUACCUGUACCGCUGGGCCAGGGAGAUCCCUCGAGUCUCGGACAAGUCGGACAAGUACGUUUACAUCACAGGAUGUGACACGGGCUUCGGGAACCUCCUGGCCAGACACCUGGACAAGCUGGGCUUCAGUGUGAUCGCCGCCUGCUUCACGGAGAAGGGCGAGGAUGAUCUGAGGAAGGUCUGCUCCGAUCGCUUGACCACCGCACACCUGGACGUCACCAAGAACGACAGCAUCAGCAAGGUCGCAGCCUUCAUCCAAGACAAGGUUGGGGCGAAGGGAUUGUGGGCCGUGGUGAACAACGCGGGCGUGGCCGUGCCCUCCGCUCCCUGUGAUUGGCUGACCAUCGACGACUACAAGUCCAUGCUGGAGGUGAACCUGCACGGGGUCAUCGCCGUGACGCUGAGUGUGCUCCCGCUCGUUAAGAAGGCUCGGGGUCGCGUGGUGAACGUGGCGAGCGUGUUCGGCAGGAUCAGUCCCGUGGGAGGGCCGUACACCGUCUCCAAGUACGGGGUGGAGGCCUUUAACGACAGCCUCAGGUUGAACAUGAAACCUUUUGGGGUGAAAGUCCUGUGUAUCGAGCCAGGCUUCUUCAAGACCACAGUGACAGACUCUGAGGUGCUGGGGCGCAGCAUCAAGAAGCUGUGGGACAGACUUCCUCAGGAGCUCAAAGACGAAUAUGGACACGAUUAUCUGGACAAGGUGGAGGUGAUGAUGAAGCAGAAACUGUCCCAGAUGUCCGACGGGGACCUGAUGAAGGUGGUCAGCUGUAUGGAGCACGCUGUGUCUGCUUGUCACCCUCGCAAGCGCUACUCUCCUGGCUGGGACGCCAAAUUCUUCUGGCUGCCCCUGUCCUACAUGCCCACCAUGGUGGCUGACUACCUGCUCCUCAAGGAAGCCAUCCUACCCGCAAAGGCCGUCGCAUAAAGGCCGGUUCACACUGCCCAAACAAGCCAACGGAUGUCGGGUUGUGUUGGUUUGGUGUGAUAUGCCUGUUGGUGUUGGUUGGAGCAGUUUGAAAAUGGCAGUUAUCUUUCCAAACAUUCUAAACCCAAUAGCCGACAGUAGAAUGCUUUUGAAUGUUUGGUGUUUGUUGGACAUCGUUGGGGCAAUGUGAACUGGCCUUGAGUCCGAAUUCAUCCUGUCGACUUCAUGCUGUGAGCAGUGAGAGGCUUGAAAGCUUGCAACUGCUUGUUUUUAUCAAAACAUUUUAUCUUACACAUCAUUGCAUGUCCUGUAAUAUAUACUUUACCAGUGUCCUACACAUUCCUGUAGCCAUUUGUAACUUGUUUUAGUAACAAAGACAGUAGACAACGUUGUAUCAUGGUAAAUCCGCAUACUGGCGUGUAACUAGUCCAUAAAAUAAUACUCAAAGCC